UCUCAUAAUCAGCUACUAAAACCAAAUUCUCGGUGUCGUUUAAUCUAAGUAUUCAAUGGGUCUCACAGGUGCACUUUGAGUUUUCUUUACGACUUCGCCUUAGAAAUACGCAUUUCACAUGAAUCUAUAAAUGAAAAUACCUAAUGCUGAAUAUAUUGACAUAAAUUGGAUUCGUUUUACUGUAAGGUGGUUGUUUUACAAUAAUUGAAGUUAUCGAUUUCAUUUUGAUGGCCACUUUAAUCUGGAAUUGCUUUCUUGAUCUAUUUUAUCCUACUUCCUGGUUUUAUUGUGCCAUAUCUUAUUUAACGUCUUUUUGUCUUAUAUUUGUUCAAGUGUAUGAUUAUAAUCUUCGUUACAGUAUUAAAAAGGUGAUACUAUAAAUAGAAAGGAAAAAAAUAAAUAUCAAAAAGAUAAUAAACAAGAAAUCUCGACAAUAAUCGCAACAUUCCCGAACAAUUGAAACAAGACUGAUUUUUCCUAGACUUUAAGAGACAUUCCUUCGACUAUGAAUUUGUGAUCAGGAAAAGAGUUGAGACGACGCAAAGAUGUUUAAACUGCUAGGGGGGUUGAGUGUAUACUUUAAGUAUCAGCCUAUCAGGACAGAUAAUGCUGUGUUCAGGCUGCACAAUGUGUUCACGACGGUGCUGCUCCUUACGUGUUCCAUGAUCAUAACGGCGACGCAGUAUGUGGGUCAACCUAUCCAGUGUAUUGUCAGCGGGCUGCCCGUUAAUGUAGUCAAUACCUUCUGCUGGAUCACGUCUACAUUCACUAUGCCAGAUGCGUUCGCUAGAGAGGUGGGCAAGGAGGUAGCACAUCCAGGCGUGGCCAAUGAGUAUGACAGCUCAAGCGAGAAGAAAUACUACACGUACUACCAGUGGGUGUGUUUCGUGUUGUUCUUCCAGGCAAUAAUGUGUUAUACGCCCAAGUUCCUGUGGGAUACCUUCGAGGGCGGACUCCUACGCACAAUCGUGAUGGGUCUCAACGUAGGCGUGUGCCACGCUGAGGAGAAGGAGAAGAAAAAAGACGUGCUCAUCGGAUACCUUUUAAGGCAUGAAAAGAUGCACAAACUAUACGCGUUGCGGUACUGGGGCUGCGAGCUGCUAUGCCUGGUGAACAUCGUGCUGCAGCUGUGGAUGAUGGACAACUUCUUCAACGGCGAGUUCUUCUCGUACGGCACCAGGGUGCUGGGGUACAGCGAAGUACCGCAAGAAGAGAGAUACGACCCUAUGAUCUACGUGUUCCCGCGCAUCACCAAGUGCACGUUCCACAAGUUUGGUGCGUCGGGCAGCAUUCAGACUCACGAUAGCCUCUGUAUCCUGCCGUUGAACAUCGUCAACGAGAAGACCUACAUAUUCCUGUGGUUCUGGUAUAUUAUACUGGCCGUCGUGCUGUCGCUACUCGUCUUGUACAGGCUGGUGAUAAUGUUCGUGCCGAGCGUGAGGCCACGGUUACUGCACGCACGGUCUCGCACUCUCGCCAUGGAGACCGCCGUCGUGGUCUCGCGGAGGACAGACCUCGGCGACUGGUGGCUGCUGUACAUGCUGGCCCGCAACAUGGACCCGCUCAUAUACAGGGAACUGAUCUCCGAGCUGGCCAAACGCAUGGGGGAGAAGCCUGGUCCGCGCGCGUGACCUUCACCCCCACCCCCACCACCUGCGACCAUAGCCGUACUAACAGCGUGACAUUGAAUACGAGGCCAGUUGCACUGAACUUAUCUGCACACAAGUCACAAAACACCCCCACCAGAGACGCGUG